GGGAUGGAAAACGAUGCGAAACAGCCCGGCUCAAGUCAAGCACCGUCCCAGCGCCCGGCCUUCAUAUUAACCACUAACCCCACACGAGCGGAUGCAGAGAUUGUGACAAAACCACUCUCGUAGGAGCAGUCUCGCACUUUUGGCCAAAGUUACUCAAAACCCUGCCAAAGCGCCCUUCCGGCGCGCCGUCCAUAUACCCUAUGACAAUAGUGGGGUCGUCUUCUCGAGGCCUCGGGGCUGUCGGAUCUCAAUGUAUGGGAUGGUGAAGCGGGUUCGCCCAGCUAAAUCUCGUCCAGAUUUAUAAUUGAGUCCUACCUUUCCAUAGAGUUUCCUUUCUCGGCAGAAGCACGACUUUUGUUGAAGUCGAAAAUUCACAGUGUCGCUCGCGGCACAAUAACAGCACAGCGAUGCCGUCAGCUAUCAAGGCCUUGAAGAUAUUCGUGACUGGAGCCACUGGCUAUAUCGGUGGCGACGCGCUCAAAGCAAUUGCGAAUACCUAUUCCGAACAAGUUGCGAACAUCACUGUCCUCGUUCGCGACGUCAAGCGAGGAGCUUCCUUGACCGCUGCAUACCCGAAGGUCAAUGUCGUUUAUGGCACCUUAGAUGAUACGCAUCUGAUCCAAAGCGAAUCGACCAAAGCCGACAUCAUCAUCAAUCUGGCCAAUGCUGACCAUGUCCCCGCCGCUAACGCCAUCGUCGCUGGGUUGAAACAACGAGCUGCUGAGGGCAGUCAGUCCUUCUUGAUUCACGUCAGCGGCACUGGGAUCCUCAUGUUUCAAGACGUUGAAACCAAUACAUUCGGAGAGGCUUCGGACAAGAUUUUUGACGACUGGGACAAUAUCAACGAGGUCACUUCACUUCCUGACUCUGCAUUUCACCGUGAUGUUGACAAGAUUGUCUUGGCCGCGGGGGAAGAUGAACUUAUCAAGACUGCUAUCGUAUGCCCACCAACAAUCUAUGGCAUUGGACGGGGAACUGGCAACCAACGUAGCGCACAAAUCCCUAUGCUUGCUGAGGCAAUACUGAAGACCGGUAAAGGAUUCCAAGUAGGCGAAGGAAAGGCCGAGUGGACCAAUGUGCAUGUAUAUGAUCUCAGUGACCUCUUCGUCAAGCUGCUCGGCCAAGCGUUGGUAGGCGGAGGUAAAGCGUCUUGGGGCCCUGAAGGGUAUUACUUUGCACAAAAUGGCGAGCACGUCUGGGGGGAAAUAUGCCAGAGGAUCACGAGCAUUGCAUUUUCCAAGGGCUUAAUCAAAAGUGCUGAAGUUAAGAAGUUCUCUCCUGAGGAGACGGAGCAGGUGCAACCUUUCGGGUCCAGAAUUUGGGGUCAGAAUAGCAGAUGCAAGGCAAUUCGGGCGAGAAGUCUCCUCGGUUGGGCACCAUGUUGCAUAAGUCUGGAAGAUGAGCUCCCUACCGCUGUCGAGUACGAAGCCCAGAGGCUCGCUGCUUGAAGAGCAAGCCUACUGGCACGAUUGGCCGCAGAUAUCAAAGUAUUCCCCUCGAGGAGGGCAGCCUAAACACACGCACGUCUCUUUCACGAACGUCCUUGACGAACCCAGGGUCGCCCAUCAGCUGUCAUGUCCAAAUGCUCCCUUGGGGUGCCUGGUCAGACCACUGCUCAGGCCCAUCGCUAACGAAAUUAAACAGUACUCGUCACUACCUAAGAAAAGAUUGCGUCAAAUUAAACUUGCCACCACUAUCGCUUCUAGACUAUCGGCGACCAGUAUCUUGCUCACAACGCUUCAAGUCACAGUGAGAACGUCCGUAAGUGGCGAGUUAUGGUAUCCCGAUCUGAGCUUGCUUGUUAUCAAGGGUCUUGCU